AUGAAUCGUGCAUUCUCAAUCUCCGCGCUAUUCCUGAUCAUUUUCCUCAUGGUCUUGCGCUGUGUCCGAUCAGCAGACGACAUCGUACAGGACACCUGCAAGAAGAUUGCAGCCAAUGAUCCAGAGCUGAGCUUCGACUUCUGCAUGAAGUCUCUUGGGUCAGACUCGGAGAGCCGGAAGGUGGACGUCGAGGGAUUAGGGCUGAUCGGGCUCAGGCUGUUACAGGCCAAAUUCUCAGGCACGAUCGAGUACAUUAAGCAAUUACAGAAGCGAAAAUCCGAACCGCGCCUACAGAAGGCGCUCUCGCUUUGCUUGCUUGCCUACUCCACAUCUGAACGCAAAGACCUGACCCCAUUUUACAAGGCGAAGCGCUACCUCGAUCUGAAUAUUUGGGUGUCUGGAAUGAUCACUAGCGAAGAUACGUGCGACACUCAAUUCUCGAUGAAGGGAGGCAUGGUUCCACCUCUGACAAAGCGCAAUGCUGACGUUUAUCAAUUGUCCGCGAUAGUGCUUGGUAUCAUGGCUAUCUUGUGA